UGCAGCUCGCUGGGCCGUGAGCUGCGACGCCGCCGGACUCUCGUUGGGAGGCACGCAACGCAGUCGCAGACGCCGUAGACGCCUUGGACGCGUCGCGCCGUCGAGGGUGGUCGGGCAGCCGUCAGUGCGAUCGUAUUCGCGAGUGCGAGCCGGUGGGCCGAGUGUCGCGGUGCGCGCGCAUAACCGUCGCAGGUGGUGGGUGAUACCUCGGGUCGGUGCGGGCAGGUGCUCGCGCACGGCUGCGCGCGGAGAGACGCGUAUUCGAUCCGCGGAGGCAGACGCCGCGGGGCGUAUCCCGAAAACGGGGAACGGAUCGUCCGGCGUGCUGGUCGGGGAGAGCCGGCCACCGGGUCGACGAUCGCGGAAACUCUGAGCCCGGAUACGCGUCUCGUGGCUCCCGGGAACGCAGACCGCUCGGAUUAACGUCCCGUCCCCGGCGUCGUGGCCCGGGAAAGGCGUCGAUCCAACUGCCGAGGGUUGGUCGAGGAUAUCCCAAGGGGUGGCCGGGUCAGGGGCGAAUCAUUAGCGGCAAAUGUGUGACUCGGCCGACGCUCCUUACGCGCAAAAGUUGGCCUACCUCCGGCUGGACGAUGAGCCCAGCCCCUACUCGUCGGCGGCCGCGGCUUCGCGGCGCGGCUCCGGGUCGCGACCCGAGGCGCAGGUGCCCGGCUCCGCGUCUAGGUCGGGCCGGCCGGUCGGGGCGAUCGAGAGCUUCAUCGACGGUGGCGCCCCCGGCGAGCACGCCCCCGCGCCUGCCCCGACCCUCGAGUACAAGCUCUACGAGCGCGAGAACAUCAUAGCCGCUUCCAGGUUCGCCACCCCCAAGCCGGUGGAGCAGGUGGACGGAGGCAAGCAGUAUCCGCACCGGCACCACCACCGGCACCAGCAGCAGCAACAGCAGACUCCGGUGUACGAAAACAUCGAAUACUACCCGACGCAGCACCCCGUGCACCAGUCGCAUCACUCGGCCCAGCAUCCGGGGUACUACCAGCCGGUGGAGCCGAGGAAGAGUCCGCCCCCGGGCCAGCGAGGGAGUCCCAGAACGUCCAUGGCAACCACCGGGGACGCCUACGAUACCGGACUCCUGGGGUUCCGGAAAGCCCAGCCGCAGGUGCCCAGCGGCGGUCGACCCCAAGUGCGGGAGGCUUCUCCGAACAAGGAGUCCCCGCCCUACGAGGCGCCGCCGGUCUACGAGAACAUUCAAGAGGUGCAUCUGCACCAGGAAGUCGGCCACAACAAGCCCGGGCCCCAGGUGCCCAGUCCGUACCACGGGAACGUGAACGGCGGGGGGUCAACCGGGGGCGGCGACUACGUUGUCAUGACCGGCAAGGCCCAUCUCGGCCAGAACCCCCGCGUCGGAGUCGGAGUCGGAGUCGGGGUCGGGGUCGGCUCCCGCACCCGCUCGCCUCGUAGCCAGAGCUACGACUCCAGCGUGUCGGCGACCACAUCCGUGGCGGACCUGCAGGCGGUCAACAGGAGCACCUACGUGCCGCCCUCGGAGCUGCAGCAGGCGAGGACCUACGGAGCGGGCUACUCCCCGGAGCGAGGCUCCCCUAAACCGGGCGUGCCCUACCACGGGGAGUCUCCUCCGAUGAGGCUGCCUCCGGAGCCUGGCCACUAUCGCGGCUCAUCGACGGAGGACCCCACCAGGACCUACAACCCCGCCGCGGCGAUACGGACCGCGGUGCCCGUAUCUCACCUCCCUCGGAACGACAUUAGGAGCGACCCCAGGAACAUGCGCUACCGCGAUGGCCGACCGGCGGAGGCGCUGAUGGCGACGGCCACCACUAUGUCCACCUCGGCCGCGCCGAUCUGCUCCUCCGGUCGGCAACGACUGGAAAACCGCGAGGACGAUGUCGAUGUCAUGGGCAGACAGUCGUCCGCCAACUCUGCCCCGCCUUAUCAUCCCGGCCAUAUCGGGCCCGUUCCCUCCGGCGGACAUCCGCCACCCGGGGCCUCGCCCUUUGGUAGCCCCGGGCGAGGCCGCGCCCCGGGCUUCGUCCCUGGGCCCAACGAUCUCAACGCCAACGGCAACGCUCGCGGCACCGGACCUAGAGGUGGCAACGGCACCCCUACGGCCUCCGACGACGACUUUUCGGUCGGCCUCGGGCCCAGGAUCACGAGCCUGCCUCCUGGCGUCACCAGCGGCGUCGCUGGACCUGUGUCUCGCGACGCCGUCGUGUCGGGCCCCUCCGCAGCCCAGGGCCCGGCUUUGCGACGCACCGACCAGGACUCGGAUCCUCGGAAACCCAUCGGCUCGCCUACCGCACACGCCAAAACCGCCGCACCCGGGAAGGGCCUACUACCGUACAACGUUACGCCUGCUAGACCUCCUGGUCCCACGGAGGCCGAGAGGAAGAUCGAGGAGCUGACGCGGCAGCUCGAGGAGGAGAUGGAGAAGCAAGAAGAGGAGGGCGAGUACUUUGGCAUUUGUCACACCUGCGGCGAGAAGGUGACGGGAGCUGGCCAAGCUUGCCAGGCGAUGGGCAACCUCUAUCACACCAACUGCUUCAUCUGCUGCUCCUGCGGACGAGCGCUGCGCGGCAAGGCCUUCUACAACGUCCAUGGGCGCGUGUACUGCGAGGAGGACUACCUGUACUCGGGAUUCCAGCAGACCGCUGAGAAGUGCGCGAUCUGUGGCCACCUGAUCAUGGAAAUGAUCCUCCAGGCCAUGGGAAAGUCCUACCAUCCCGGGUGCUUCCGGUGCUGCGUAUGCAACGAGUGCCUCGACGGGGUCCCCUUCACCGUGGACGUCGACAACAAGAUCUACUGCGUGAACGACUACCACAGGAUGUUCGCCCCCAAGUGCGCAUCCUGCGGCAAGGGAAUCACUCCGGUCGAGGGCACGGAGGAAACCGUCAGAGUGGUCUCCAUGGAUAAAGACUUCCACGUGGACUGUUACGUCUGCGAGGACUGCGGCAUGCAGCUGACCGACGAGCCUGAUAAGCGAUGCUACCCCCUGGAAGGCAGACUGAUGUGCCGGGCCUGCCACAUACAGCGCAUAUCGCAUACCCAGCCCAGGGCACCGCAGCCGGUCUCGGCGAGUUAUCAGUACAUGGGUUGAGCACUAUUAUCCAUCUCCAAUGACUGUCAAUGCCCGCCAAUGCCCAACUCUAAGCCACGAGCUGCUCCGAUACCUGCACCACACAUCGACCAUGGACAGCGUUAUCACCGUGAACAUUGCGUAUCGAGAAGUUGGGAUGCAGAUAGAAACGAGCUAUAUCUCGGGCAUGCAUUCGUGAGCGUCGGUGGUACCAGUGACUUAUUUAUGGGCUUAUUUAUAUACACAAAUUAUAUAUAUAUAAAGGAACACUGCCAGCGGACGCGAUCGGGGCCCCGAUACUAGCGCGGGCCAAUUGUGAUACGACAACGUAAUGACACUUUCGUUGAUCUUUUGUACAUAUAUACAUAUAGAUAUAUACCUACAUACACACACACGUGAUGCGUACCGACGUUGUUUGUUGUUAUUAUAUUAUUAUAAUUAGAACUAUGCUAUCGGUAGAGUCGUUUUUAUAAGGUGAACUUUUGAGACGAUGACUUUGAGGCUCCCCUGUUGGAUACCGUCGUCGAGAAAUGCCUGUUCCUUCGUUCGCUGACUCGUCGUCCUAAAUGUCGACACUCUUUCCAAUAUAUGGCUGUAAUGUGGACGAAUUAUCCCGAAAUUGUAACGCCGUUGUACUGGAUCGAUAUCUGCCAAUGAUUCCCGUAAGAAAUAAAGUAGGAUCUUACCCUUA